AAUAUCAACUCUCUCUCUCACUUUCAGAACUCUCCCUUUCUAUCUCUCUCUCUAGAAAAAAUAUCUUCAUCUAUAUAUCAAUCAUAUAGAGUGAUUUCAUAAAAAUGGAGAAAAGAGAAAGUAGUGGUGGGUCUGGAUCAGGAGAUCAUGCAGAGGUGAGAAAAGGGCCAUGGACGAUGGAAGAAGAUUUAAUUCUCAUCAAUUAUAUCACCAAUCAUGGUGAAGGUGUUUGGAACUCUCUCGCCAAAUCUGCAGGACUAAAACGCACCGGAAAAAGUUGCCGGCUCCGGUGGCUGAACUACCUCCGACCUGAUGUGCGACGGGGAAAUAUCACAGCAGAAGAACAGCUCAUCAUCAUGGAACUUCAUGCAAAAUGGGGAAAUAGGUGGUCAAAAAUUGCAAAGCAUUUACCAGGAAGAACCGACAACGAGAUAAAGAAUUUUUGGAGGACCAAGAUCCAAAAAUACAUUAUCAAGAACGGAGAAACGACGACCGUUGAAUCACAAAGCUCCGAGUUCAUAAACCAUCAUGCGACAAGCACGAGCCAUGUCUUGAAUGAUACACAAGAAAUCAUGGAUAUGUAUUCUCCAACGACGUCGUAUCAACAUGCCAACAAUAUUAAUCAUCACCUUAACUACGGUAAUUAUGUGCCUGAAUCGGAUUCGAUCAUGCUGCCAUUAUCAGUUGAUCAAUCCGAACAAACCUAUUGGAGCGUCGAUGAUCUUUGGCCCAUGAAUUUAUAUAAUGGUAAUUAAUUAAUAAGUAAGUUAAAACCUU